AUGAAGGAGGCGACUGCAUUCAGGUGGAAUAUUCCGGCCCCAACGCAGAUGGGAUUAGUCCUGGGGCGAAGCUCCUACAUAGAUGACAUAGCUCAUGGGGCGCCUACCUGGGAUAAACUCUGUGAAGACCUGAAUGCCCUGCUAUUCCGCCUCCGGUACUGGAAUAUCUCGGUUAGUCUUCCGAAGAGCGAGUUCGGCAAACAAGCUAUACCUUACCUGUCUCACGAAGUAUGUGCGGAGGGUAUCGGGGCUACCCCGAAGAUUGCCAAGUGUGUUCAAGGCCUACCUUUCCCAUCGACUCUGAAGGGGGUUCAGUCGUUCUUGGGAAGUUUGAAUUACUACAACAAGUUUAUCGAGGAUUUACCUGUUGUCGUGGCUGUGCUUUACGAGCUGGAUGCGGAUCGCAUUCGUGCCGGACAUGAUUUGGAUAAGGCCAAGGAAGCGUUCGAGAUUCUGGAUCGUAAGAUCACAUCAACGCCGCUGCUACGCCAUCCAGAUUGUACCAAGCCGUUUGUCAUCAUCCCACAUGCAAACCCCUGGGCGGCUUGUGCCGUCCUCGGGCAGGCACAUGAGGGGAUCAUUCAACCACGUGAUGAAGAUGGAUUAGUUGCUAUCCUCGGUGCAGGUAUUACCCCCAGGGAGCACUUAGACGAAGUCGCUGAAAACCUGAUCCCGGCUAAGGGGCGAAUCAAAGCACCUCCGCCAAUCAGAGACUGGCAUGCCCUGAGCGCCCACGGAUUCCCUUUGGAUGAUGUGCCUGUGAACGAUGCAAAGUAUCACGGGUUGAUCAAAGGUCUAGAGCUAGCCGCCGACCGUGGCUUCAAAGAUGUAGUUGUGGUCGGCGAUUCUAGGAUCGUAAUCCAACAAGCGCAAGGGUUGAUAGGUUGCCACCAGUCUAAUUUGCAACGUCGCCUUGCUGAGUAUGAAGCUUUGAAAGUGAAAUUUGGGUCCGUACGGUUGGUCCACGUCAAACGUGAUUACAACCAGGCAGCAGAUUACCUGACGAUGAAGACAUUGGCACUCGGGAAAGCAUGGGUAGUGGAAGAUGCGGACGAACUGAUGCAUCUGAAAUUUGUCUCUAGGAUCCCGGAUAAGAUUAUGAUGACGCCGGGGACCUCGGAGCGAAAGGACGACGUCACAGUCUGA